AUGGAUGUUUCAAGACCAAUGACUACUCCUACAAAAUCUAUUUUUUCUGAUUAUUUAUAAAGAUAGAGUCAAAGUUAAAGUAGAUUACAUCUCAGAACUUUAGGUGAAUCAAAGAAUGAAGAAACAAAAAAAAUAUUAUCGGAUUUCGUUGAAUAAAGUAAACAAAGAUAAUGUAAGAGCAAUAAAAUUUUUAGAAACCAGUUAAUUUUUAAAUUCUAGAUAGAGAUCUUCUUAAGAAAUGUUAUAAAGUAUAGUGUCUCAUUCAUCCUCUACAAAUAAAUUUUAUGUGCCAUUUAAAUCAGAUUUUGCUAAAAGAAAAAAUAAUUCUUUAGGUUGUAUAGAAAAGGUUGGAUCCACAUCUAGAAUUGGAAAUAGAAGAUAAUAAAUUAUUUAAACUGAAUAAUUCUUUCAAUCUUAAAUUACACCAUUAAAUAGGUUAGAAUAUUUAGAUAAAAUGUAAGAUUUCAUUACAGAAAUAUUAACAGAAGAAUUUAAAGAAAUUUCUUCAUUGUUUACAACUUUCAUGAAAUAAUACUAAUUAUUCAUAGAUGAUUAUUAAUUAAAAUUAUCUAUAAAAGAAUAAUAACUUGAGUUAAAUAAUCUAACAGAAUUUGAAAGAAUGAGUAGUAAAUACUCAAAAACUAGUCAAGAAUUUGAAAAUUAAAUUAAAUUGCUAAAUUAAAAUGAAGAACAAUAUAAAAUUGAUAUUCAUAAAUUAAGAACUGAAAUCUUAGAUUAAGGUCGUAAAUUUAAAGAUCUACGUUAAAGAUAUGAACUUAAAUAGAGAGAAAUUGAAAUUAAAAAUAAAAAAAUUAAAACUCUUGAAUGUGACAUCUAAUCUUAACAAAAGAAAAUUCAAUAUUAUGAGAAUAAGCUUCAAUAAACUUUUGGAAAAGAAUAGAUGACUGAUAUCAAAUAAUCUUAUUAAGAAAACUUUUAGAAAAAGAACAGUACUUCUAAUGUAAACAUUUAGUAGAUAGCAUCUAAUAAUAAUUUGAUACCUUAUAGAAAUAGUAUAAAAAAAGUAAGUAUAGUUACUAUUUUAAAUUAACCAAAUAAUUAACCACCUGAUUUAUUGAAAAAGAAAUCAACAACUCAAAAGUCUGAUUCAAGUAUAGAAUAAUUAGAAGAAGAGGUUGAAGAAUAAGAUAAAUUAAAUCAAAUAGAAUUAAAUUAUGAUAGAAUAAUUGAAUAUAGAACAUCUGAAGCUCAAGUAGAGUAUGAUUUAUUAGAUAUGUAUUGUAAAACACUUGAUACAUAAACUGAAUUAACUAUGAUAGGUGUUAAUUAUGAUUCAUUAAAAUAAGACAAUCUUGAAAAUGCUAUAAAAUAUACUGAAUUUAUUUAAGAUGUUAAUAAUAAAGGAGAAUCUAAAUCAGAUUAAAAUUUAGAUAAAAUGCUUGAUCUAUUAUUAAAAGAUGCAGAAGAUACAGCUAAAUUAAAUGGAAUUCAAAAUAUAGACACUAAAAUUCAAAGUAAUAAAAGGCUUUCUGUAUUAGGAGGGGUAUCAAAAGAUUCAAUCAAUUUUGAUGAUAGCUCUUUAUAAAUAUAAAAAAUUAAAUAGAAAAAAGAGUAAUAAAUUAAGUAAUUAAAUUCGUUUUUUAAUUACUCUAAAACUAGGCUAGCUGAAUUGUCUGAUGAUAUUGAUCAAAAGAAAAUCAGUAUAGUUUCACUAUAAUUUUAGAAUGAAAAUUUAUCUAAUCAAAUUAAAUAACUACAAGAUGAAGUUCAAAAAUUAAAAAUUUAAUCUAUAGAUGAUAGAAUUAUGAUAUAAGAUUUAAAGAUCAAAUAAGAAAAUUCAUCUAAUCUUUAACAUAUAAAUAUUGAAUAAAGUCUAAUUUCUUCAUAGCCUUCAUAUUAACAUAACGAACAUAAAUAAACAAAAUAAUAAUAACAAGUCAAAAAAGGAAUAAAAAAUAGAACACCAUAAUUAGGUUAAAAGGUAAUAUAUAAAUUUUUAUAGUAGGUUACAAUAUCUUAUGAUUUUUAAAAAAAUUAGUCAAAACUAUUAAUAGAUAAAAUCAAGGCCAAAAACAUGUAAAAAUUUACGAAUUUUUUACCUUUAAAAGCAGUCCUUAAAUAUAUAAAUACAUUAUAUUUUGAUAAGAUUCAUAAUCAGAAAGAAUAAAAAUAAUUAAAAGAUUAGGAUAUGUCUGCAUUUAUUUAUAAUUAUUAUAUGCAAUAAUUUGGAUAUACGAAAGUGACAGAGUAACGUUUUAUGAUUUUAGUUCUAUCUAUUAAAAAGAACAUAAAGUUAGUGAGGGUCAAUGUAUUUGCUAAAUUUAUGGGUUUAUUUGAAGAAAAUUCAAAUUACAGUGCAAAUGAGUAAUAACGUUACUUAGAAGCUUUAGAGUAUGUUACCAAUUAAUAAAAUUUGGGGAUUACAAUAAAAGAUAAUGAAUCAGAAUCAAGAUAUUUUAUUCCAUAUGUAAGAGCAUUGUCAUAUUUAUCCUAACUUUAAUAGUACAAUUUUUCUUAAGAAGAAUUUAAUUAUUUAAAAUCAGAAUUUGAAGAGUUAAAAGAAAACGAUCCAAAAGGAUAGAAUAAGUUAGGAAUAAUAGAUUUUGAUUUAAUGAUGAUUAGAGUAUUGUAGAUAUUUAGGAAUAAUGUUGAGAAGACAAAAGCAUAUGUUAUAAAUGCAUUUGCUGCAAGUGAUUUAGAUGGAAAUGGAAUGUGUAAUAUUGAUGAAUGGCUUUUGUUAAAUAGACAUAUUGAAGGAGAGAAAUAUGAUGAAGAUAAAUUAGUAGAUGCAUUUGAAGAAAAUGCAGAUUUAAUAAUUGAAGAAGAAAAAAAUUUAUCUUUUGAAACUUUUUCAAUUUUAUGCAUGAGUUUAGAAUUAUUUAGUGAUUCAGCUUAAAAUAAAUUCUUAAAAGUACGAAGUAAGAAUUAUAAAUAAUUUUAGAUAAUUAAGAUGCACAAAUUAGAUUUUAAUAACUUUAAGCUAUGUGGCCAGAAGAGUUUACAAAAUGUUUGCAAAAGUUAAGUGCAUCUGAACUAGAAGAAUAGGAAAAAUAAAAAUGGAAUACAAUAUUAAAUGUUCUCAACGAUAAAAUAUUAUCCAAUCCUUAAUAAAAUAAGCCUUUGCUAAUUGCACACAAAAUUUUUAUUGAAGAAAUUAAAUGA